AUGUUAAAUGACUCCAACCAAAAUGAAUCUUGGAAUCUUUCUCCAAUAAUGGAUUACGAUGAAUGGACACCUUUGGGCUUAGGUGAUCCAUUAAAAAAUGAUCCUACAUUUGAUUAUCUUCCUCCUGUUUUAGAUCAUGUUCAAUAUUGGUUAGAUUCUUAUAAUAUAGAAACUUCUACAAAACAUGAUAUCCUUGCUCUUGGAAUAGCUGCUAACAAAACUGAUCUUAAAAGAUCUCAUCAAAUUAUAAAAUUUAUAGAUGAAUCUAAUUUUACCCGAAAAGAAGAAAAUUCACUUAAACAUGAUUUGACAGAUAGUAUUGGAGCCGAGUUUCCAAAAAUGAUUGGUGCAACAAAUUUUCAUACAAACAUAAUUUCUCAAAAUCAGAAUAAAAUACAACCAUUUAAUUAUGUUUUAAAUCAAUAUUACAACUAUAAAUCACGACCAUUUAGAAUUCUAUUACCUCCAUAUAAUAGUUUAAAACCGAAAAAUAAUUCUAUUCGCAACAAUAUUUAUAGUUCGUUAAAUGGUAAAUUUAAUUUUUUUGAAUUGCCAUUACAAAUUAGUACUCAAACAGGAAAAGGUCCAAAGGUAGAUAAAAUGCAACAGUAUAAUAUUACAGAAAAGGUUUAUUCAAAAGAUCAUUCAGAUGCAAAACUUCAGUCAAAGCUUUUUUCAAAAUUAAAAUGGCCAAUAAUAUUAUCCGAAAUUGAAGAUCGAGAAAAUUAUACACAAGAUUUCAAACAAAAGUACAAAACUACUACUAUAACAUUUCAAAAAUCAAAUCUAAUUUAUCAAUCAACGCAAAAAUCCUUAAGAAGUUUAUUAAAUACUAGCACUUCACCAACACUAUUGUCAUUAAAAAAAAUAAUUAAAUCCUACAAUGAAAAUAAUGAUCAAGAAUUUUUUGAAAUAAAUACUCCAAUUUAUGAUUCUUCGAGUGAUGCAGUGACAGAAAACAGUAAUAUUAGUGUUCAAAGAAAUAAAAAUAAUAAUGAUCAUAUAAAAAUAUUCUUGUUACCUCCAAUAAAAUAUGAAUCGUCAAUUUCAUCACCAAUAAAUAUAAAUAUGUAUGAUCGUAAAAUAAAAACUCAAUCAGUUUUACCACAGGUAAUUCAAAAUAAUCAUAUUAAAAAAGGAUAUACUUCUGCCGUAAUGACAACAAUUUUACCUCCUACCAAAAUUACAAUUACUUCAAGGGUAACAACAGAUUCAAUAUUUUCUCAUUACAAACAACCAGACAAACCAUUUGAAGGUCCGAUGUAUAUAAUUAUUGAAGGUCAUUCUAAAGUCAAGACUUAUAAACCAAUAGUUAAUGAACGUGAUAUUCCAAUGAGUAAUAAUAAGCAAAUUAAUAAUAUAAGUCAGUAAGAUGCUUUAAUAGGAAACAAAUUUAAAGCCAUUAUGGAAGAUAAUAGAGUACAAACUAAUAACAUUAGAAUAAGAAAUAGACAUAAAAAAAAUACUUUUAAUCAGCAAGAAACUAUCAUUACUUACAUAUAAAACCAACGAAUAAUUGCACUACACCACAAUUAGAAAUCGUAUGAAAAGAAGCA